AUGCUAGGUCUCGGAAGUAUGGGCCUGGCUAUGGCUAGCAAUGUCCAAAGAUACCUCCAGCGAGUAGGGAAGCCGGCGUUGAAAAUCUGGAACCGGACGGCAUCCCGCGGUACACCCCUCAUUGCCCUCGGAGCUGUAGCAUGCGAUUCAAUUGCAAGCUUGGUUGCUGGGUGUGAUCUCAUAUUCAUAUCUACCAGUGACGAUGCAGCUUUGGUUUCCAUUGUCGAUCAGAUCUUGGAUGGCUCAAACCUCGACAACAAAAUUGUUGUUGACACGACUACUGUCCAUCCCAAUAUAACGAGAGAAACCAACGACAGGUUCAAAGAUCGAGGCGCGUCAUUCAUUGCCGCGCCGGUAUUUGGAGCCACGCCGGCCGCCGAAGGUGGAUCGGUUUUGAUGGCAAUGGGUGGUCCGCGUGAUGCCGUUGCAACAGUCGCGCCAUUCGGAAAGGGCGUCAUCGCGCGUGAUGUGAUGGUUGUAUCGGAUCAACCAGAGAAAGCCAGUAUGCUGAAGACUCUGGGGAACUUCAUCGUUGCUGGCACAAUGGAGAUCAUAGGAGAAGCACAAGUGCUCGCGGAAAAGAGCGACCUUGGAACUGACACUCUUGAGAGACUGCUUGAGUUGAACUUUCCAGGCGUUGCGCAUUCCUCUUCCACCCGGAUGACCCAAGGCGUAUAUCUCCCUGAACGAGGCCAGUCCCCUUGGUCCAGCUUGGAGCUCGGCAUCAAAGACGUGUCGCAUGGGAUUAGCUCUGCCGAGAAUGCUGGAACGAGACUAAAGGUUGCGGAGGUGGCCUUGGAAAACAUGUUGCGAGCCAAAGCCUUUUCGGAGGCGCACGGUGAUCAGCCCUUGGACUCAUCCUCUGGGUAUGGUAUCAUCCGUCAGGAUGCUGGGCUUGACUUCGAAACUCCAUUCGUGAAAGAAAGAGAUGCAUAA